AGACGUGUGUAGAAAAAAAAUAAAAAAUAUAUUUUUGAACGCAAGAAUUUACGUAAAAGUACAAACAAAAAUACGUGUUUUAAAAUCUAUUGGAUAUAGAAGAAUAUUCAUUAAGCAAAAAUGGCCAUACCUUUCUAUGAACACGAAGAACAACUGCAGCAACAACAUCAACAGCCUCCAUUAGCUGUAGAAACCGACCAAGUAGAUGGACCCAUAAUGCAAUCUCAACACCAAAACUUUAAUAGUCCGCAUAUAAAUCAAAAUCAUUGGAAUAAUUCUACCAACAAUGAGCAUGAUUCUAUAACACAAGAAGAUUUAAUGGCUUGGAAAAUUUUGGCUUUGGCCAUGUGUAAAGCUUUAAAGGACCAUUAUCAACAAAAUAUGACUAAUGCCACAACAACAACUUCCACCUCAACAACCGCCGGUCAUGCAACCACAACAGCCUCCUUAGAAACAUCUACGGCCGUCAUACAAAUUUUACCCAAUGGUCAGGUAAAACCGCAAUGGCAGUAAAAUCUAAAAAAUCAAACUAAAUUAUGGAACAAUUCUGUUAGAUAAAAGCUAAAUUGUGAUGUGUUUUUUUUUUUAAGCUAAAGAAAGUAUAUUUCCUAAGGAAAGUCAGCCAGAAGCCAUCCAUCCUAAAGAAAAAUACCGUCGGCAUAUUUUCUUUUCAUAAGAAAUUAUUAAGGAUUUAAAUUAAAUCCUAAACUAAAUAAAGCACAAUUGUGAUAGUCAAUUUUUAAACUAAAAUUAAAUUAAUCUUAACAUUAAAUUAAUAAAUUACAUUGUAAAAAAUAAUCCUUAAAAAUGUUUCUUUAAAAGCAUUUUCCCACAGAAAAGCCUGAGAAACACUUUUAAUUAUUAUUUUAAUAUUUCUACCAAACAUUUUUUCUCUCAGUGUCUAUUUUAUACUCAAAACAUAAAUUAAUGCUUAUUUUUUAUAAAAUAUAUAUACAAAUUAUAUUAUUAAAUUUAUAAUUUAUUUAAAUUAAUUUGCUAACAAUUUACUCUAAUAUCUAAAUGUUUGUAUA